UGGAGCUGCUCUCCCUGCGGCAGCGCCGGGCCGAGGCGCUGCGGGAGCUGACGGAGGCGGCCCCGGGGAUGUCGGAGGAGCAGCUGCAGGAGCUGAGGGCUGACAUCAAGCACUUUGUGAGCGAGCGCAAGUUCGAUGAGGAGCUGGGCCGGGCCGGGCGCUUCGGCUGCGACCUCGAGGCCCUGAGGGGCAGCAUCGGCGCCUUCGGGCAAGUUUCCCACCCCAGGCCCAGCUAUUCCAGCCGCUCCCGCUGCAGCUCCAGCCCCGGAUCCACAGCGGGAUCAGCAACAACGGGAUCAACAAUGGGAUCAACAAUGGGAUCAGCAACAACGGGAUCAGCAACAAUGGGAUCAGCAAUGGGAUCAGCAAUGGGAUCAGCCCCAGGAUCCCCCCCGGGAUCCCCCCCGGGAGCCCCGGGAUUCCCAACGGGAUCAGGAUCAGCCCCGGGAUCGGGCCCCGGGAUCCCCCCAGGGCGGCGCCGCCCCAAUGGAGCCACCCCCGAGCCACAGCCCGCGCGGAGCCGCCCGGGGCCCCCGCAGGAGCCGCCCUGA